GGCGGGCUCGCGCCCCCUCUGGCGGCCACGCGGGGAACCUCGGUCGCGGGGAAGAGAGGGGCUGCCCCGCCCCCUCCAACAGGAGCCAAUGGGAGGCUGCGGCCCCGCCCUCCUCCGGGAGAGUAUUUAGAAGCUGACCAGGGAAGCCCUCGGAGAGCUGGGGAAGCCAGAGAAGAGAGUGCGGAGUGCAGGCCGGCCCCAAAUCCCGCCCCGGAGCCGGGGGAACAGGGGCGGUGGGCGUGGGGGGGCUGAGCCCACAGCCAACAGAAGUGGGUGAGUCCCGGCGCGGCGUGUCCGGCACAGAGCUGCCCCGUCCCAGCCCCCGGCAGGCGCCACCAUGGUCUGGCUGGUGCUGCUGGGCGCACUGCUGUGCCUGUCGCGCGUCGGGGUGGGCGGCCUGGGCGCGGAGGACUUCCUGCCCUCCGGUCCCCGUGACUGCCCCUACAGAUGUGUGUGCGCUGCCGACCUGCUGAGCUGCGCGGGCCUGGGGCUGCAGGACGUGCCGGCCGCGCUGCCCGCCGCCACCACAGACCUCGACCUGAGCCACAACGCGCUCCAGCGCCUGCGGCCCGGCUGGCUGACGCCCCUCUCCCGGCUGCGCGCCCUGCGCCUGGGCCACAACGAGCUGGACGCGCUAGGUCGCGGAGUGUUCACCAACGCCAGCGGCCUGCGGCUGCUCGACCUAUCGUCUAACGCGCUGCGGGCGCUGGGACGCCACGACCUCGAAGGGCUGGGGGCGCUCGAGAGGCUGCUGCUGUUCAAUAACCGACUGGCGCACUUGGACGAGCUCGCCUUCCGGGGCCUGGGCGCACUCAGCCGGCUCUACCUGGGCUGCAACCAGCUCUCCUCCUUCUCCUUUGACCACCUCCACGGCCUGGGCGCCACCCACCUCCGUACUCUGGACCUCUCCUCCAACCGCCUGGGCCGCAUCCCCGUGGCUGCCCUGGCUGCCCUGCCGGCCUUUCUCAAGAACGGCCUUUACUUGCACAACAACCCCCUGGCCUGCGACUGCCGCCUCUACCACCUGCUGCAGCGCUGGCUCCAGCGGGGCCUCAGUGCCGUCAGUGACUUCGCCCCACAGUACAUGUGCCUGGCCUUCAGGGUGCCCACGUCCCGCGUGCGCUUCUUUGAGCACAGCCGCGUCUUCGAGAAUUGCUCGGCCGCCCUGGUCGGGGGCCUGGAGCGGCCCGAAGAGCAGCUGCACGUGCAGAUGGGUCGGCCCCUGACGCUGCGCUGCAACACCAGCGCCCCGGCUGUGCGCGUCGCCUGGGUGUCCCCAAAGCAGGAGCUGCUGGUGGCCCCGGGGUCCCGAGACGGCAGCAUCGCGGUGCUGGCCGACGGCAGCCUGGCCAUCAGCAACGUGCAGCCGUGGCACGAGGGGCUCUUCGUGUGCCUGGCCGCCGGGCCGCGCCUGCAUCACAACCAGACGCACGAGUACAACGUGAGCGUGCACUCCCCGCGCCCGGAGCCCGAGGCUUUCAACACGGGCUUCACCACCCUGCUGGGCUGCGCCGUGGGCCUGGUGCUCGUGCUGCUCUACGUGUUCGCGCCGCCCUGCCCGGGCUGCCGCCGCUGCUACCGCCAAGGAAGGUACUAA